AUGUCGCCCUCGCCAGGCAACGUCGCCCUCGCCUCGCCUGCGCCUCCACCCCACUCGACGUCGACCCGCCGCCUCGUCCCGAGCGAGCGCCCAGCAGCAGCAGCACACUCGACACUCGACGACGUCGUCGUUGUCGGCGAGGACGGCCACGACGACGAGCUCGUCCUCCACGCGGCGCAGCCGCCGACCUGGGUCCAGCAGGGCCGAGUCGGCGGGGCAGGAGUCGGCGGCCGCCGCAGGUCCUCGUCGCUCGCCCAGCCGCCGCAGUUCAACGGCGGCAUCAAGCGCACGAGCUCCGACUGGCGCGAGGAGCGCGACCCUGCCCUGCGGCGACGAGGCGUCGACGUCUCGACUUCGACCUCGAGCGCCGACACCGGCGGCGAGGACGAGGGGCGCGACGAGCUGAGUGGGCUCGGGGGCGCGACACGCUCGAGGACCCGCACGAGCUCGUUCACGAGCGGCGCCCGUCGUCGCGACCUGCCGCCGUCGUCCCUGUCGGCGAGCCGCAGCACGGCCGGCGGCGGCGGGCUCGACCACCCGCACGCGCACUUUGCCGUCGAGCCCGCCUCGUUCAGCCGUCCGCCGUCGACCAUCAACGUGCCGUCUCGUCCCGAGACCGCCUCGCGGCCGUCGAGCGCCUCGACGGAGCGCCUCUCGAGCAGGUCGCGCACCGGGUCGGGCUUCCUCAGCGCCGCCGGGACCGAGCCGGCCGCGUACGACGACACGUUCGCCGCUCGAGACGUCAAGGGCAAGGGCAAGGCGCGCGAGCCUCGACAAGAUCCGGCGCCGUUCGACUCGUCCGCCCCGCCCUCGCCGCCGACCAACGACCCGCUCGACCCGCUCUUUGCGCUGUCGCAGUCGCCGUCGCACGGCAGCUUUGCGCCGUUCGGGGCCUCGCCCUCGUUCGCGUCGUCGCUGUACUCGGCGGGCCGGGCAGGCGCAGGCGUCGUCCGCCCUCAAGGCCCUCCUCCUCCGGCGCUACGACCGCCCGAUCCCUUCUCGUCCCCCACGCCCCUGCCGCCACCUCCUCCUGUGCCCCACAGCGGCGACCGCCAUCGCUACCCGCCGUCGUACCCGUCGACCGAGUCGCUCGCCUCGUCCGCCGCACCUUCCUCCUCCGCCGCGUCCUUCCCCUCGGCGUCGACCUCGAGCGCCCGUCAAGCGCACCAGCCCUCGCUCCAGCAGCUCCUCCAGACGGUCGACCUCGGCGCCGCGCUCAAGCUCGUCCAGACGCUGCAAACCCAGCAGGCGCAGCAGGCUCGCCUCGCCACCAUCGGCGCCGGCACGGCGGCAAACUCGGCGGUCCCGGCCGCCAACGCGACCGUCGAGCCCGUCUCGCCUCUCGGCGCCGGCGCGCGAGGGAGCGCGGGCGGCGGGGCCGUCGGCGGGCUGGCGGGCAGCGCCACCGUCAUCGACUUUGCCGACCUCGCCUCGUCGCCGUCCCCUCGCACGCCCACCGCCUUCGCGUCCUCGCCGCUCGGCCCUCGCUCGAACGACGCGCCGCCGUCGCCGGCCAUGAGCGAGGGCAGCAAGCCGGCGCCCGCGUCUCGACGCACGAGCCUCAUCAGCGGGCUCCAGCGUCGGCUCCGGUCGGGCUCGUCGAUGGGCCUCGCCGACCUCGGCGGCGGCGAGGAGCAGGCGCAGGGGCAGGCGCAGGGGCAGGCGGCACCGCGGUUGACUGAGCGGCAGAAGGAGAAGAGGGCGGCGCAGCUCGCCGACGAGGACGACCUCGCGAGGACGCUUGACGACCAGAUCUCGCGCGUCUACCUCACCCUCUCGCCGGCCACGCUCCGCCGCGCCCAAAACUGCGCCCGGUACCUCUCCCUGCGCUACACCCCUCUCUUUGCCGCCCUCUCCGCGCCCGACGACUCGAUCCCUCUCCCGAACCCGCUCAGCGUCGCACGGUGGCGCGUCGAGCGCGACGAGGCCGAGAAGCGGAGCGAGCGGCAGCAGGCGUCGGCGGGCCGGAACGGCGGCGGCGGCGGCGGCGGCGGCGGCGGCGCCAGCAGCGUGCGCUCGGGCGCCAAGCCGAGCCCGUACGGCCCGCGCCGCAACAAGUCGCCCAAGGUGUGGGAGCUGUACCCGGACGACAUCUCGGACUACGUCGCCAUGGGCGGCAAGGCGACGAUGGCCGAGGCGGCCCUUGCGCUCGAGGGCGCCGCACGCGCAGCAGCCGGCGCCAACUCUGCCGACCCCUCAUCGCCCGACUUGUUGCUCGUCGAGCUAGGGCUCGCCGCCGCCGCCGACGACGAUGCGCAGGCGCGCUCGUCCCUGUUCGAGGGCGAG